UGUUUGGUAAAAGUAUCGCGAGAUUUUGGUGAAAGUAUAUAAAUCCAGUCGACAAAGCCAGCCGCUGCACUCUGUACAGCUGUGGAUGCGAGGAGAAAUUCUACAAAAGUCUGACUGAAGAUGGCUGCAGGCAACGCAAAGAUUGGAAAACUGGCCCCAGACUUCUUGGCUAAAGCGGUGAUGCCGGAUGGACAGUUCCAGGACCUGAAGCUGUCGGAUUAUAGAGGAAAGUAUGUUGUCUUCUUCUUUUAUCCGCUGGACUUCACGUUUGUGUGUCCCACCGAGAUCAUCGCUUUUAGCGAUGCCGCUGAGGAGUUCAGGAAGAUUGGCUGCGAAGUCAUCGCUGCCUCCGUAGACUCUCACUUCUCCCAUUUUGCAUGGACGAACACACCACGUAAACAGGGCGGUCUAGGUGCCAUGAAGAUCCCACUUGUGUCUGACACGCGGCGCACCAUCUCCACAGACUACGGUGUCCUGAAGGAGGAUGAAGGCAUCGCCUACAGGGGUCUGUUCAUCAUUGAUGACAAGGGUAUCCUGAGACAAAUCACCAUCAACGACCUCCCAGUUGGACGCUCCGUUGAGGAGACCUUGCGUUUGGUUCAAGCAUUUCAGUUCACAGACAAACAUGGAGAAGUCUGUCCAGCUGGCUGGAAACCAGGAAGUGACACCAUCAAGCCAGACGUGCAGAAAAGCAAAGAUUUCUUCUCCAAGCAGUAAUAAACUCAAGACCACAGUCUGCUGUCUGCUCUAGCAGAUUUCAUUUUGUGAUAGCACGUCCAAUAAUGUUUGAGUCAGAGCUAUGUCGUCAUCAUACAGUGUGUGUAUUAUGUCUGUGUAAACUGUGGCCCUGGGACCAAUGGACAGUAAUUAUGCUGUGGUAGCUAUUUUAUACUGUGGUCAGUUUUUGACAGGUCUGAGCAGUCGAUCAUUAGUGGUACAUACAAAGGAGCAAAGUUGAGCCUAUCUGUGCUCAAAAUGUUGUUGUUUUUUCUAUACCCUGAACAAAAUUCUUAUUUCACCUGAAUAAAUGAUGUGUUUCACUUAUAUGGUGAUGUUUUCAUGUUCGUCAACAAAACUGUUACAAUUUCUGAAAACCUUCAAAUUUAAAUAAAUUGUAAAAUUAA